AUGGCGCCUCGGAGACCAAUUGAGCGGAAAUCUUCGCUUGCAAGGCGCUCUCAAAUAAGACACUCUGGCUACGGAAGAGGUGCAAUUGGAGCCAGCACUUUGAACCCAAGAUCGAGCGCUUCGAAUAAAGAGACGAAUGAAGAUAGAAUCGAAAAUAUUUCUGAGGCGAAUUCGUCAACAACUACGAUUGCUUCAACAAUCAAAGCGCUUUCUUUGAAGUCAACGCGCUCGAAAGAGUCCACAGUCGUUUCAUUUGGAUCUUCCUCGGUCUCUGGUGCCACAAUCGAAGGGUCUUCUGGGCCAACCCGAGAGGAAAAGGCAGCACGAAAAAAAGCAGUGAAAGCAGCGCGGAAGGAAAACAAAAAUGCCGAUCCAAAUUUCGCGUACCUUCCCAAAGGUUUGAACAACAAGAUCCGGAAUAAGGAUCCCUUGAAGGCCAAGAUCAGAAGGUUGUUCAAACCUAAAAAGAAGAAUGUCCACAAACCAAUCGAUCGAAGUCAACCAGUUGCAACUCCGAAACUCCGGUAUAGAACCGAUCAAUCCACACCAGCACCAGAGAGGUAUAUUCCUCCGAUCGCGCCGGCAAGGAAGCUGGAUGGAACAAUUGAGCUGGACAAGACGGGGGCAUACUUGGGCGGCGAGUUUCAAGUCCUCGCAGUAACACAGGAGGAACGUGACAAGCACGUUGAACAGGCGCAAUUCCAGCAUGAGCUUAGAAAGGCAACCGAACAGAGACUACGACUAGAAGGCAGAGAACAGGUGAAUGAUCCAAAAAUUGGCCGAGCACCCCCAAUAGCCCGUCGAGCGUUCAUUGAGCCUACGCUUUCAAGGCAAACGAGGAGGGAUAGACCCGAGCUGAUGCCCAUUGGCGUUAAUGAACCUCCCACUCUUACUGAAAAAGUUCCUCCGGGAUUUCUACCAGCGGAACGGGCGCAACCAUAUAUACAGAAGAAUGAUUUGGGGGAAUUUACGCAGAAUCCCCAUCAAUUGAACGACAGCGCCCAGACCUCAUUGGAGAAUUUGACGGGGCAAACUACGCCGUGCUCAUCAACAGAGAUCUUGCCGUACAAACCUCGUCACCGAAGCAAUCUCAGCUCCUCUAAAAAGCCACAUAGAAAGCAAUCGGUAACAUUUAAUGAGUCCGUUACACAGUUUACCAUUCCAGAGAAUGACUAUGAUACGUCAGAAGUUACCGAAAUAGCCAGCGACGAGACUAUUCGCAAUAUCGCCUUGACUGGAACUGUUGCUGAUCACAGUCGAUCAUCAGAGGCACAGGUUGAUCCAACAAAAUCAUGGAGUUCGGCUGGAAAUAACUCGAGGGUAAAAUCCAAAAGAUCUGGUAUUUCAAAAACAUUGGACGACACAUCCAAAGCUCUUAGUGAAGAUAGCGUAAAGAAAGAAAGCUUGAGUGUUCGAAAUUCGCGUGUGAACAAUUUCCUUAAACACGCUAGCUCAACUCCCGAAUUUCGCCCUGCUUCCUAUGAUACAAUCACAAAUUUCCUACUUGCUUCGAAUACGCCGGCGCCGCCAAUUCCCACAAAGUCACCAUUGAGAAAUUUAUCUCAGCCAAAUUUGCUUCCUGCCAUUAAUACGUUAAAUGCGUCGAAUUCACACAAUUUCAUUGCACAUAAUCAAUCACUACUUGCCCAAUAUCGCAUUGAGUUAAAGCAACUGACCGAGGCGCACGGGGAGAAGAUGGAGUUCUUGAAGAAGAAGAAACAAGAACAUCGCAAGAAAUAUGGUGAUCUCAAAAAUCAGGAUGAUCCUGGCGAAUCCACUGCGAAGCCACAGUCCAAGUUAAGAUCCAGAAUCUCUAACCUGUUCAAAUCUUUAGAAAAGUCAGCAGGAGCCACCGAGGAGGAAGGAAUUCUUGAUAACGUUGUCACAUCAUUUGAGGAUCCAGGAGAAGAUUGGGUUUAUGAUCCCUUGGGUUUAAUUGCCGGUCAAUACAUUGCUCCCCUCGAUUAUCAUCGUUGCGGGUACAACACACCAGGUGUCAAUCACACGUUAAGGGAGGAACAAGAAGAUCAUACUGAUACCGGUGCAUUGUCAUUUACUCCUGAUCAGGUUACGCCACAGGAGGAGCACAACCCCAAUCUUGUAACAAGCACAAGCGGCGGCUAUACCUCGGAUUCAAGGUCUGAGAGUGAGGAUACACCAAAGGACGACGUUGAAAAGUCAACCUCAAAACCAUACUACGAGGCUCUGACCCCCUUGCAAAAGAUUGAUUACGAUUACAGUUAUACUGAACCAACACCUGAAUUCCUUGCUACCGAGUCUGACAAGACUGCGGAAAAGCGUAGGCAGAGGGAAAUUGAAGCAUCGGUGCGAGCCAACGAAGCGGUCCUGCUAGCACAUGAAGCUGUACUACGAGAUUUUGAUAACUCUCCACUUGCAGCUGGAUUCCAUAGUACAAGAAAACCCAGCAGCGGAAGUAGUACAACAGACGACGCGACAAACAGUGCAAACACUUCUUCUCACGUGACUACAAACGCACCGCCGGUUACCCAAGAAGAACGUGGCUCAAAUUUACCAAAACCUCAAAAAAAAGAAUUCACGGCUUCGGAAGGUGCGAAGAAACCUAAAUUCCAAGAGAGGCCAAAUUAUUUGCUUUCUCGCGGUUACUCGACCGAAUCCUCAACGCAAGAACCGGAGAAUUUACUUCCGACAGCGAGAACUUUACAACAACCCCCAACUUCCACCACCCCCUCUUUAGGAAAUAAUAAUUUCGGUGGUGCUUGUAAAUUGCGCGAGUCUCGAGGUUCAUUUGGUUUCAAGAGUCAAAAUUCAUCUAUACGCAGUCUUCAAAUUUCAAGAACUACAGAAACUCAGAAAUCUAGUGAAACUGCCCGACGCUCAAGCAAACAAUUUACUACCCCUCAACAAGCUGAGACUGUAACAAAUCGGCAUUCACGACGCGUUUCAUCAGCUUCUUCUGUUAGUAGACAAUAUUUUAGGGAAGAAUCCGAAAAGUGGAUCAAUUGUGAUACGCUCGCUGAAAACGCUGCCGAAGAUAGUGAUCUGGAGGAUAGUUACCGUGCUUAUUUCCGGAGCUCAAAGUCCAAGAAACUUUCUCAAGAUCACACAUUAACAGACGACGCUCAAGUUGCUGCUAACCUCGAGCGGGCACAAGCACGCAGAGAAGAGCGAAGGGAAGCUCGUAAAGCUCUCCAAGAGUCUCUAGCUCGCCCAGCUUAUCCAGCUCAAUCUGAAGAGGAUCAAAAGAGAGAGGCAGAGAAGGAAGCAGAAAAGCAAGCCAAGUUUGAGCGCCCACUCACGCUUCGUCGACCAGAUCAUAAUCCAGUCGGUACCGCUCGUCUCAGAUACUUGCUCUUGAGUGGCAGAGAUCGAAACAGUCUUGAAGAGCAAGAAUUUGUAACCCUUUGCGCGACACGCUAUCCAGACGGUAGUCUUCGUCACGAACCGAGAUCAGAAGAAGUUCAAGCUGUAAAGUCUGAACUCUCUAUUCCGCGUCCAUCUCUUAAUCGUCGUCUAGACUAUAAUUCAGACAUUGCCACUUCUAAUCUUUCAACAUUCGGUACUGUCAGACAACUGCAAGCUCCUAGUUCAAUCAAUCCUGUCAAGAAAUCGCACUCUCUAGUUGCACCUGAUUCUGUCGAACACGAUAAAUUGCGCGUGGACAGACUUCAAAGUGAUCGCAACAUCUCCACCGGCUCUCCAGUUUCCAGAGGCGCCAGUACUUUUGGCUUCAAUUCGUCUAUUAACGCUCCUCAACAAGAUUGGACGGCUCAAGCAACUCAGGCGGCAUAUCGCUCCCAGAUACCUCAACUUAGAAGUUUUCAGAGAGAGCUCCAAACACCGUCUCCUUCGGCACAAAGCUAUAGAGCUCAAUCGCCUCUUUCUGUAUUCCGACCCCGCGGAACUGGUCGCGAGACAAUUCAUCCGCCACCCAAGAACCGCUUACAAACUCGCGUCCUCGACAGAUUUCCUCCUCUUCCCGUCAAACAACUCCUACACCACGUGAUUUGCCAAAGACAUCAGUCCUCCCAAGUAUCUGCAGACAGACAAGGAAACUCUUCUGCAUCUCGUCUUCCAGUUCCAGGAACAAACGUUGCACCUGGAAGUCCAAAUAUACCUCAUUCGCAGCUUUCUUUUUUAGACGUUAGCCUCGUAGCUUUGGGAGCCCAUUUUGCCGAAAUGGACAAGCUCCAAGUCAGAAACUCCGAACCAGUUUCGGUCAAGACAAAAGCUAUCGAGGAUGCACGGCUCAUGCAAGCUUCAGUUAUUGAGGCAGCAACUAAAUCAGGAAAGGAACCACCUAAAUAUGCGUUGAUAGAAUUAAUCGGAAAGGGAAGUUUUGGACGUGUUUAUAAAGGAAAGGACAUGGUAUCGGCUGCUAUUGUGGCUGUGAAGAUCAUCGACAUUGAGGAGAGCGAUACGAUCAACCCAAAGAAUGCCAAUUCUUAUGCCGAAUUCUUGAAAGAAAUCACCGCUCUAAAGACUCUGAGUGAAAACAAAGCUCGGAAUAUCAAUCACGUCAUCGAAGCAUUACCAGUUGGACAAGCCAUGUGGAUGAUUACAGAAUACUGUGGCGGAGGAAGUGUUGCUACGCUUAUGAAACCUACCGCUCCCGGAGGCUUACAAGAAAAAUGGAUCAUACCGAUACUUCGCGAGGUCGCCGAGGCUAUUAAAUGGGUACACGAGGCUGGCAUCAUACAUCGAGAUAUCAAGUGUGCCAACGUUCUUAUUACUGAAGAAGGUGCAGUUCAACUUUGCGACUUUGGUGUUGCAGGAACCAUGGAAACAAAGGUUGACAAGAGAUCUACCGUCAUUGGCACACCACAUUGGAUGGCACCAGAGUUAUUUGACGCUGUCCCCAGCUAUGGUAAAGAAGUUGAUAUAUGGGCUUUCGGUUGUAUGGCUUAUGAGAUCUCCACUGGUCUUCCGCCUAAUGCCAUGAGUCGACUUCCAUUCGAUCGACUUGGCUCUCUUAUAAAGCAGCAUGCUCCACGACUUGAGGGGGGCGAUUAUUCUGACGAAUUGAGAGACCUCGUUGCCUUCUGCUUGGAAGAAUUCCCAAGUGAGCGUCCUUCCAUUGACCGAGUUCAGAAUCAUCAUUACAUUCUCAACACUAGUUCAAAAUAUCCAAUGUCCUCACUUUCUCAUCUCGUCAGGGCAUUCAAGUUGUGGGAAGAUCAUGGGGGAAGCAGAAAAUCUUUAUUUAUGUUAGGUGGAGCGCAAGCACCCUCGGAGUUUUCCUCAACAGCAUUGUCCGAUGAUGAGUGGAACUUCAGUACAACUGCUGCAUUUGAACAAGACGUUAGACGCAAAUCAACUGCUCAAGAUGUUUACGAUGUGUAUGGCUCGGGUGUUGAAUUUGAUGCUGGCUUCCCUCAAGAGACUGCCCAAAGGACGACGCCGUCCCCCCCAGAGGCCCUAGCACCAUCUCGUGGUCCCCUGGAGAAGAUAUUUGACCCAAACACACUAACAAGCUAUGAGGAUAAUGUUCGCAAUCAUUAUGGCCGGCCGUACCUUCCACCAACUUCAGACCUACCACCUGUUCCAUCUCGUUCCGACUUACCUUUACGUGAUGAUACAGCGCAAACAUCUAUCAGGGAUACCAUGAUUGAUCUUGGAGGACAUGAUGCCGAGACAGGUAUAUCUGUAUUCCCAGAUAUGGAUACUAUCAAAGCUGGAAGACGUGUACGAGAGGAACCCGAUGAAGAUUAUAUGACCACAUUGCCCGAUUUCAGUCGGCCAGCACUUAGCGAUCCAGCUGAUAUAAAUCCAAAUCGACGUACGCGAGAAUGGAAAUUUCCUGCAAUGGUACCGCCUGCGUCAGCAGAUCCAGAAGUAUCUAGAUUUCCCCCUUCAACUUAUGAAGUUCCAAAACCAGCAUUCACUCCAGGCAUCGGUAGUCGUCCUGGUUUGAUUCAUCAUCCAACCGAGCCUCUAGGUGGAUUCAGUGGUGGACUUCCACCUGCAGAAAUCCACAGUGGGAUGCCUCGUUUAUCCUUCCGCGAAUCUCUCAUUGAUCUAGAUAUGAGCAUGCCGGAUCCAGUACCAGCUUUCAAUCCCGACUUUGGUCGACCAUCAACAGCAGAUUCUGAUGCUAUUUCCAUUAUAAGCGAUUCUGGACAAGCCUUGUCGUCUUCUACGGUCAAUCCAUUUGAACUCGAACGUCAUGCUUCACUUUAUCAACCUACCUCUCAUUCCCGUGAACCUUCUCUUUAUACUCCUUCUCACUCCCGCGAACCCUCUUUAUUUGUGCCUUCCCACGAGCGUGAGCCUUCCAUAUAUGCCGUUACUCACGAGCGCGAGCCUUCUCUUUACGCCCCAUCUCAUGAGCGCGAGCCUUCUAUCUAUGCUACAUCUCAUGAGCGCGAGCCUUCUAUCUAUGUUACAGAAGAAAUGGGAGCAUUCCCAACUUCUGCUACGCCUCCUCGUCCUGAAAGUACAUCACGUUCACUUCGCGCAGAUCGUCCACCUCGUCUUCGUACUGGUAAUGCUCUUCGCGACAUUGCCGAUAUAUCAGACUUUUCGGAUUCAGCUGCUGAGAGUACUAUGGGUUACAAUACAGAUACCAAUGAUACAGACUCAGACUACGCAACCGCUUCGACCCAACCACCUCCAAUGUCUGCUCUUUCGCGCGAUCCAAAUGCUCCAUAUACCAUGGCACAUUUCCCAAAUCUACCCAAUGCUCCUUCGGUUCGUGCUUUGACAGGAGAAGCAGCGCAUGAAGAAAUGGCUUUCGAAAUGUCAAGAAUGUUACGUGGUUUGACUGGACAACUCGAGGCUUUUCGCGAUGUUUAUGGUUCUGAAGAUCUGGCUCGGAGAUCUAACCAGAGACGUGAACGAAGAGAUAAUGGGGAAAAUGGUGUUUAG